AUGCAGUCAGGAAUCUCCGUCUCGACGGAGCUCCAAGAUGCCUUCACCCGCUUCAGCUCCGACGCAUCCCUCUUCUGCCUCCCAGUAACAAUUACAGGCGAAAACUUGACCCCAUUGACCGCAAUCGCCUUCUCAGGAUCAUCAUCCGACCCAGAAGACUUCUUCACCAGUCUCCCCAAGCUGUCCAGCGUCCUCCAGCCCAGGACACCAAUCUACCUUCUACUCCGACGCCCGACAGCUUCAUCCUCGACUCUCGUCGCACUGACGUACAUCCCUUCCAAUGCACCUGUCCGUCCAAAGAUGCUUUUCGCCUCAACUCGCUCGACGCUGGUUCGCGAGCUAGGAACCGAGAAGUUUCCGUCGACUGUCUUUGCUACCGAGGAAGAGGAGAUUCUGGGUCGGGAUGCGUGGCGGGAGCGGGAUGGAGAGUUGGGUGGUGUGAGUCGGGAGGAUAUGAUGGGCGAGAAGGAGCGGGAACUUGAGGCUGUUCGGAGGGCUGAGGCUGAGGCCCGGAGUGGGACGCCGCAUCGGGAUAUUGGGAUUGGAGGUACCUUUGGUCCUGGCACAGGGUCCGGUAUGAGAGUCUCUAUGGCUGUCGAUGAGGAGGCUAAGACGGCUGUGAGGGAGCUUCAGGAUGGUGGGCUUGUGCAGUUGACGGUUGAUGGGCCCUCAGAAAGCAUUAAACUCGUCAGUGCCCAGUCCGGUGUCGAUGCGGGUUCGGUCGCCACCCAUAUCUCCUCGUCUUCACCCCGCUAUUCCUUCUAUCACUACCCCGGAUCGGAUGUCGUGGUGUUCGUCUACACCUGUCCCACUGCAUCAUCGAUCAAAGAGCGCAUGUUGCACGCCAGCUCGCGUAGGACUGCAAUCACGUUGGCCGAGAAUGAGGGUCUGAAGAUCUUGAAGAAGAUCGAGGCUUCAUCGCCAGAUGAAAUCACGGCAGAGCGUUUGCAGGAGGAGGUAGAUCCGCCGAAAGACCAGGGCAGUUCACGAGGAUUUGCCCGUCCCCGUCGCCCCGGCCGGUGA